AUGGCAAAAGUCUCAUUAUAUACUCUCUUGUUACUACUCGUGUGUUUGCUUGUAAUUGUACGAGCAACACCGAUAGAAGAAAUUGAAGACGUUUCGGACACAACAAUUGACGUUACAGAGACUCAGGAAUCUGCCACAAAAGAAAGUUUCACUGUCGAAAUUGAUCGUACCGAUGACCUUGUGAACGAGGAUGUACAAUUGGGUAUCACCAGUGUCACAAUAAUUGAAGCGAAAAUCAUUUCUGUUGACAACGCCACCGACGAUGUAUCUGAAGAAUUGGAAGAUUCCUUCGACCUUGGUCUUGUGACUGUUGAAGUAUCAUCCUCUGCUGAAUCAUUCCCCACCGAUGAUCCUAGCGUGUCACUUCGUCGUGUCACCAUCUCGACUCGCAUCGUAGAAGUCGAUGGUGUUGAUGUUGUUCAAACUGAUGCCGUUGAAAAGAUCCUUGAAGUGAAGGUUCUCAAUGUUCUUGAUGAUGAUUCUGAAGAUUUGGAAUUUGUACCAAUCUCUAGUAAUAAUAUUGAUAUGCCAUUGUCAACUGUCCACGGUGGUGAUUCCCCACAUUCUCCAUGCUCUCUUAGUUCAUUCGCUGGUCGUGUUCGUCAUUGGUGGAGAUGUUCAUCUCGAUUCACCCGCGUCAUCAUUGCCUCAAUUUUCCUCACCUCUGUCUUUGGUCUCGUCUUCAUUGCUCUCCCAACUGCCGCUCAUUCUCUUAUCCUCGCUGCUCGCCGACGUCGUGGUAUCUAUCAGCAAGUUGCUGUACACGAAGAAGAGGAACUCACCAAAAGCGAACAAGUAAUUUAUAUCGCUGAUGAGGAAAAGCGAGCUUUGAUGGAUCAAGACAUCAAGCAUUAA